UUUCUCCUCGGUCGACUGAGUUGGUUGCACAACAUCGCAAACGUUUUUUCCAUCCGCCAUUGUGAGACUCAGACUACUUUUAUUCUGCUAGCUGGACGCCCGCCUUUAUUCUUCUUAUUUCUUAUUUCUCAUUUCUCAUUUCUCAACUACAUCAACUACAUCAACUUCUCAUUCCUCAACUCCAUCAAGCAGCAAGCACAUCAUGGCUUCAGACUCCUGGGCCCAGGCGGUGGACGAACAAGAGGCGGCGGCGGCGGAAUCGAUCAGCAGCCUUCAAAUAAAAGAGAAGCCUGAGGAAAACGGCACACCGUCACUGUCAGCAGAAAGUGCAGCUGAAAACUCUGAGGCUGGAGGAGAUAAGAAGACUACAGAAGAAGACGACACUGGUGUUGAUGACAAAGCAGCUCAGUCAUUGUUGAACAAGCUGAUCCGCAGUAAUCUUGUCAACAACACUAAUCAAGUAGAAGUUCUUCAAAAGGAUCCUAACUCUCCGCUCUUCUCUGUGAAGUCCUUUGAAGAGUUACGACUCAAACCCCAGCUCCUUCAAGGUGUCUAUGGAAUGGGAUUUAACCGGCCAUCCAAAAUCCAGGAGACUGCCUUACCCAUGAUGCUAGCUGAACCUCCACAGAAUCUGAUUGCCCAGUCCCAGUCAGGAACAGGCAAAACCGCUGCUUUUGUUCUGGCCAUGCUCAGCCAUGUUAAUCCUGACCACAAGUAUCCCCAGUGCCUGUGCUUGUCCCCCACCUACGAGCUGGCGCUCCAGACGGGUAAAGUCAUUGAGCAGAUGGGCAAAUACUAUCCGGAGGUCAAGUUAGUCUAUGCCAUCCGAGGAAAUAAACUGCAGCGAGGCGUGAAGUUGCAGGAGCAAAUAGUCAUUGGCACACCUGGCACCAUGUUGGAUUGGUGCAGCAAGUUGAAGUUCAUAGAUCCCAAGAAGAUCCGGGUGUUUGUGCUGGACGAGGCGGACGUCAUGAUCGCAACACAAGGUCACAAAGACCAUAGUAUCCGGAUUAAGAGGAUGGUGCCCAAUAACUGCCAGAUGUUGUUGUUCUCAGCCACAUUUGAGGAGACGGUGUGGGACUUUGCCAAGAGCAUCGUCCCCGACCCCAACAUCAUCAAACUGAAGCGAGAAGAGGAGACCCUGGACACCAUCAAACAGUACUAUGUGUUGUGUAACACCAAGGAGGAGAAGUUUGAAGCCCUCUGCAAUAUCUACGGCGCCAUCACCAUCGCCCAGGCCAUGAUCUUCUGCCAUACAAGGAAGACGGCAGGCUGGCUGGCAGGGGAACUUUCCAAAGAGAACCACCAGGUGGCACUGCUGAGCGGGGAGAUGCAGGUGGAGCAGAGGGCUGCGGUGAUCGAACGAUUCCGAGAUGGGAAGGAAAAGGUUCUUGUCACCACAAACGUCUGUGCUCGAGGCAUUGAUGUGGAGCAGGUAUCGGUGGUGAUCAAUUUUGACUUGCCAGUGGACCGGGAUGGUAACCCAGACAACGAGACUUACCUCCACAGGAUCGGCCGCACGGGCCGAUUCGGCAAAAGAGGGUUGGCCAUCAACAUGGUGGACAGCAGGAUGAGUAUGAACAUCCUCAACAGAAUCCAGGAUCAUUUUAAUAAGAAAAUUGAAAAGCUGGACACUGAUGACCUGGACGAAAUAGAGAAGAUCGCCGGCUAAAAUAAAGCACGUGAUGUACAUUUCUACUACGUUUUAGGUUUCUCUCUUAGUUUCUGCACGUUCACACACAUGACGGGGACUUGAGGCUGCAGGUGUUUGGUGUGUGUGAGACAUAUCCCAUUUCACUCUUUUUACAAAGCCAUGUAUUUUGUACACGUCAAGAUUCCCCCAUCCAAAAAAAAGCAAAUGGAGUGAAUGUAUCCUCCUUCCCAGGGCCACAGUAGGAAGAGUGAAGUUGGGUAUCCUGCUGCUGGUACACCCGUGCUCACACCACACCAGAUUCAGGGUGUCACCAAGGCUGCCGAUAGAGAUCACAUUUCUGUCUCCAUCACUUUGUGCUAACUUUUAGCUUUGAAACAUUCUGCACAUGAAGCUUUGGAGCAUUCAGGUCUGAUUUGUUUUCUCUCCUCAACCAGGGUUGGACUUUUCUAAUUCACGCAAAAACGACACACUUCUUGACCAUUGUGAGAGAUAAAUACACCACUAAAGUGCUUUAUUUAUACUUAUGAUUUUUCUUCUUUGUGAUCUGAAAUGUGGGGCUGAAUAGGACUUGGUCUUUUCAAUAAUAAGGAAUUCUCGUGAGGGAUGUACCACACGGUCGUGACAAAAGGUGAGGUGUCGGCCUUUGAAAUGACUCAAAGUGGGAUUGAUAUAUCCAUACGGUCACUUCUGAGAAGUGCAAAAUAAGACAUCAAUUGUUCAAAGUGGGUGAGUGUUUCCUAACUGGGGACUUAAGGGAGAACCUUCAACAAACCUCAUGUGACCAUGGUGGUGGUCUGCUUUUAUUCUAGCAGGAUUAUCUGUCAACUCCUUUUAGGUGAUGCAGUUUUAUUGGCAUGUAUACUUUGUCAACAACUUUCUUCAUGCUAGACAAACCUUUGCUAGUGUUACACUCCUUGUUUUGCACCUGUACUUUUAGCUAGGAUGCACUGGUGUAUGCUUUUAGUAGCAAUGAAACUUGUCCUAAAACACAUGCAGUAUUAACCAAUAAAGUGGGAAUGACAUUGGUUCUCA